CAUGCUCAUUUUUCAAGUGGUGGGGAGCGGGACCAGGUGUAUUUCAAAACCUGUACUCACUUAACUAUCCCAUAUUUUAUUAUUCCUAAAACUCUGACUAACUUGAGUAGUCGUACAGUGACCAUUUGCUUCAUUUUUUCGCAAACCAAAAUCUUUUUCACUAAAUAUUCGCCGCAAGUCUCCAUCAUACGGAAUAUAAACUUGCUUUGCUUGAAAUUUAAACGCCACAUCAUUUUAAGUAAAAAUGUCAAAUACGGAGCGCAUAAUUGAUGAUGCAUCCAGAAAUGGUAUUGGGGAAAACGGACCAUCCGGAAUGGAGCCAGAAGGUGUCAUUGAGUCUAACUGGGAUCAGAUUGUCGAGAGCUUCGAUGACUUGAACUUGAAGGAUGAACUUCUUCGCGGUAUCUACGCUUAUGGUUUUGAAAAACCUUCGGCUAUUCAAGCUCGCGCUAUUCUCCCGUGCAUCAAGGGACACGACGUGAUAGCCCAAGCCCAGUCUGGUACUGGUAAAACCGCAACAUUCUCAAUCUCCAUUUUGCAACAAAUCGAUACGUCGAUCAAUGAGUGCCAGGCACUUAUUCUCGCUCCAACUCGUGAGCUCGCCCAGCAGAUUCAGAAGGUAGUCAUUGCUCUUGGAGAUUUCAUGAAUGCCAAGUGUCAUGCUUGCAUCGGAGGAACUAACGUGCGUGAUGACAUGCGCAAAUUGGAACAGGGAGUUCAUGUUGUCGUGGGAACUCCUGGUAGAGUUUACGAUAUGAUAAAUCGACGUGCCCUGCGUACCAACAACAUCAAGAUGUUUAUUUUGGAUGAAGCUGACGAGAUGUUGUCUCGUGGAUUCAAGGAUCAAAUUCACGAUGUCUUCAAGUUACUUCCGACAGAAGUACAAGUUAACUUGCUGUCUGCUACCAUGCCGACUGAUGUAUUGGAAGUAUCGAAAUGUUUUAUGCGCAACCCGAUUAACAUUCUUGUCAAAAAGGAACAACUGACACUUGAAGGUAUCAAGCAAUUUUACGUCUUCGUUGAGAAGGAAGACUGGAAGUUGGAGACUUUGUGCGACUUGUACGAUACUUUGAGUAUCACUCAGGCUGUAAUUUUCUGCAAUACUCGUCGCAAGGUCGACUGGCUCACUGAUAACUUGCACAGCCGCGACUUUACUGUCUCAGCCAUCCACGGAGAAAUGGAGCAGAAAGAGCGUGACAUGAUUAUGAGACAAUUCCGUACUGGAUCUUCUCGUGUUCUCAUCACGACAGAUAUUUUGGCACGUGGUAUUGAUGUCCAGCAAGUAUCACUUGUCAUAAACUUUGAUCUUCCAUCAAACCGUGAGAAUUACAUCCACAGAAUCGGACGUGGUGGUCGUUUUGGACGUAAAGGAGUGGCCAUUAAUUUUAUUACUGAAGAUGAUAAACGUACUCUGAGCGACAUCGAGCAGUUCUACAACACCCACAUCGAUGAAAUGCCAAUGAACGUCGCUGAUUUAAUUUAAGUCUACCUGUUGGCUAUAAUAAAUCAUUUAGCAUCGAAAAAAAAUUUUUUUUUUAAUAAAACAAAAGUCCAAGAAUAAA